UGCAGGGACAUGUCCCUAUCCCCUUUUUUGGUUGUGCAUUUGCAGUGGAGAGUGUGUGGUCGAGGCACUGUGUUUUGGGGCCAAAAUACUAUAAAAGAAGACCAUGUGACUCCUCGUAAGAGAUUGAGGAUCAUGGAUACUAGAAAAUCCAACUGCCCAGCAACUUUAAAUAUGAAGUGUAUAAGGGUGUAUCCUGAUUACAGUAUGCACUCAGCAACUGAACACAGGGAUACCAAGGCAAAAGUUCUUGCAAGUCUACAGAAAGAUUUGGCAUUGCCAUGCCCGCCUAAGAGCUAUCUACGUUAUUAUUUGACUGCUUCCCCAGCAAGUGCGCACACACAUACUACUGAAAGUGUUGAAGCAAGUGGGUACAUACAUCCUUCACUUGUAAAGGAUAUCAAAAACUUAGUACUCAGUGGCAUGACAUCUCUCAAAGUCAUUAAGUUGGCUCUAGACAGAUUUGUUGAAAUCAAUUUCACUGGGACACACAUACCAGGUCAAAUGAAUACUACCUUUUACCCCACAGAGAAAACUAUUUAGAGUCACAUUUAUCGGACCCUUUAUGGUACAAAUAAAGUAUUGUUUGACGAGACUAGACUGCAGAAUCAGGUUGAUGAGUGGCACAAAGACUCGAGCAAUCACAUGAUUUAUUAUAGACAUUGUACGGGAGCCAAUGGAGAAGUGAAACCAUUACUUUUUUGCUAUCAGAGCAGUUGGCAGAGAGAUCUUUUGAAGAAGUAUGGGGGUAGUUGUUCGUUAGAUGCAACAUACA